UUACGGAUUAUUUUGGGAGCUCUUCUCGUCAGCCUUCAUAUUCGUACAGCGAUACACAAAGGAUGACAGAAGAGAUCACAAAAAAGGUCCGACAAGACCUUAUGCAGGAGAUCAGGGCCGAGGUGAGGGCUGAAUUCCAGAUGCUCUACCAGGAGCAGUUUCAGAGCAUGCGCCCGAUGCAGUCUCCUAUAGAGGAACAUGUGGUCCCUCCCCCUCCCACAGGGAGAAGCGGCAAAGGAAGUUGUUCCGCAUCAGCCAUCCCAGAGGAUGACAUGGACGAUGGUAGUCCAUGUCUGCUAUACAUUUUAGAAGAAGAUGAGAUGGUGCUGGUAGCUCGUGGAACAGAGUUUAGGUCAGCGACUGUAUGUCAUGGUAUGCAACUAUUAGAGGAUGAGGUGAAGGUAUCAGUGGAUGAAAUGAUCAUGCCAGAUGCCUCGGUUCCACUGUCCACGGAAGAGAUUUUCACUGUGGAACAAGCAUAUAAGUCGUUUAUCACUUGGCCUAAAUUUUUGGUUAAACCAGUUUCUGACCCCUCGACGCAGGAACAACAGAAGAUUCCUCUAUCUGAGGAUGACCCUCUUUCUUCAUUGCAUCUACUUGCUGACAUCCUUGAUGAUAAGCCUUUGGAGGUUCAGUAUGAUGCUAAUGUAUUUGGGCAUGGCUCUGAGGUCCCAAUAUACCUUAAUAGCCAAGAUGUCCGUGAGCUUGCGUCGGGAACACAAGAGUUGAAUAUUUCAAUUAUUCAACUAUGGACGAUGUAUAUGUCUGGGGUCACUAAUAAGUUGGGGCGUUCUGAUGAUUAUGGAUUCAUUGAUCCCCAAGACAUUCAUGAAUCAAAUGAUUUUGAUCAUAUCAACACGAGAAUGAUAAGCAGUUUUCGAAGGGGCAAGAAAAUAUACUUUUUGCCUUAUAUAUCCGGGCGCCAUUGGCAACUUCUUGUUAUGUCUGUGCAAGACAACUAUGCUUUGUGGUUCUGCUCAUUGCACAGGCCUCCUCCCACACAACUCAGACAAGCAAUUGAUUGUUCUAUUCCAGCAAGUAUGAUGAUGGACGGGAGGUCAAUUGUUAAGAGUAGAAAGAUUGCUUGGAUUUCUCUCAAGUGUAACAGACAAAAUGGGUCAUAUGAGUGUGGAUACUAUGUAAUGUAUUGGAUGACCCAUAUUGUUCGUUCUCACAUCACAAGAAGCUGGGAAACGAGAUUCAAGACUACUACACCAGUUCCUGAGAAGUCACUACUAUUCAUUAGGAACGCUGCUGCGAAGUAUAUAGUUAGAUUAUACAAUAGCUCUUAGAUUUAGAUUUAAACAAUGCAUUUGAUUAGAUAGAAUUUUCUUAGACUCUCUACUUUAUUUGAUGUUGAAAUACAUUUGAACAUGUGUUUGUUAUGUUGAAAUUGAAUUUCUGUAAAUGUUUUUAUAUGCAGGUCUGUUUUUGUGGUAGUGGAUAUCACAAAAACAGACCUGCUAUUUUAAAAAACUGCAGGGGAAUAUGCCGCGGUUCUAACCACAACCGCGGCAUAUAAGGGGAAUAUGCCGCGGUUCUAACCACAACCGCGGCAUAUA